UCCGGGCAGAUUUAAGAGUCCGAUGAACCACAAUGCCCCAAGCUUCAACAUUUCGCCUCCUUCUUCCCUCUCUAGCUCCCUUAAUAACUCCUUCUCUUUCUUCUCGCUUAUUUUUCAAACCUAGAACCUCGCAAUCUCUCUUCACUGUUCUUGCUUCCUCCUCCUCUUUCAGACCACGCCGUAACGCCCCUUUCCGUCAUCUUGGCCGCAGAAGCAGUAGUAGUACUAGAGAAACCAAAGACAGGGGAAAAGACACAGCAAUGGAGAACGUUGACUCUGUUGGCUUCAACAAGAGAAGAGCUGAGGGUAGAGAUUCAAGUGGUUUGCCUAAGAAGAACCUACAGUUGAAAGUUCGCAAGCUAAAUCCUGUCAAUACCAUAUCUUAUGUACAGAUAUUAGGUACGGGAAUGGAUACUCAAGAUACAUCGCCUUCAGUCCUACUUUUCUUUGACAAUCAAAGGUUUAUAUUUAAUGCUGGAGAAGGACUGCAACGGUUUUGCACAGAACACAAGAUCAAGUUAUCCAAGAUAGAUCACAUUUUUCUUUCUCGUGUCUCUUCAGAGACUGCGGGUGGGCUUCCAGGCUUACUACUUACUUUGGCUGGCAUGGGAGAAGAGGGGAUGACUGUCAACAUAUGGGGGCCCUCAGAUCUUAAAUAUUUGAUAGAUGCUAUGGGAUCUUUUAUUCCCAAUGCUGCCAUGGUUCACACAAGGAGUUUUGGUCCCAUCUCCAACACUGAUGAGUCCACUAUUCUAGGUCAAAAUAAGUUUUCAGAUCCUAUUGUUCUUGUUGAUAAUGAGGUGGUCAAAAUAUCAGCCAUUAUUUUACAACCAAACCACUCUGAAAGUUCACCCUUGGUAGCUUCAGCGAAUCAAUCACAAGAGAGGAUGAGUCAUAGCCCAGAGCAUCUUGGUUCAUCCAACACCUUAAAACAGCCUACUGGAAAGCCUGGUGAUAUGUCUGUACUAUAUAUUUGUGAAUUGCCUGAGAUCAAAGGAAAGUUUGAUCCAGAGAAAGCCAAGGCCUUUGGUCUUAAACCUGGGCCAAAAUAUCGUGAACUGCAACUUGGGAAUUCAGUGAAAUCAGAUAGGCAAAAUAUUAUGGUUCACCCAAGUGAUGUCAUGGGUCCCUCAGUUCCUGGUCCCACAGUCCUUCUCGUUGAUUGCCCAACUGAAUCACAUUUGGAAGCAUUACUGUCCGUUCAAUCACUCUCUAGUUAUUAUGCUGAUUCCAUGGGCAAGAGUGUCACGUGUAUAAUUCAUUUAAGUCCUGCAUCGAUGAUUAGUUGUGCAAAUUACCAAAAAUGGAUGAAGAAGUUUGGUUCUACACAACAUAUCAUAGCUGGGCAUGAAAGGAAAAAUGUAGAGAUUCCAAUUUUGAAAUCUAGUGCAAGAAUUGCUGCACGACUCAAUUACUUGUGUCCUCAGUUCUUUCCUGCACCAGGAUUUUGGUCCCUUUCAAGUCAUAAUUCCUCAAUAUCAGAUUCUUCUGCCUCAAGGGAGGAUUCUAUUUUGGAACUUUGCGAAACCAUUUCUGCUGAAAAUCUUCUUAAGUUCAUUUUGCGUCCUUAUGCUCAUCUUGGGUUCGAUAGAUCUCUUGUUCCAACUACUAUGGGUACCUCAGAAAUCAUUGAAGAGUUACUCUCACAAAUUCCUGAGGUUGUUGAGGCAGCCCAACAUGUAAACCAGCUCUGUUUGAAGUCCAGUCAAACAAAGGAUGAUACUCCUAUAGCAGAUCGUAAGAUACUGGUUGAAGAGCCAUGGCUGUGUGCAGAUGGUGUUCCUAGUUGUUUGGAAGAUAUAAGAAGAGAUGACUUGGAGAUAGUUCUUCUUGGAACCGGUUCAUCCCAACCAUCUAAAUAUCGAAAUGUGAGCGCAAUAUAUAUAAAUCUUUUUUCAAAAGGGGGCUUACUCUUGGAUUGUGGAGAAGGAACAUUGGGUCAACUUAAAAGAAGGUAUGGUGUAGAUGGCGCUGAUGAUGCUGUAAAAUCUUUGAGGUGUAUUUGGAUUUCUCAUAUACAUGCUGAUCACCAUACUGGCCUGGCCAGAAUACUGGCUUUGCGGCGUGAUUUGUUGAAGGGGGUUCCUCAUGAACCAGUGCUUGUUGUAGGACCAAGGCAGCUCAAGAGAUAUUUGGACGCAUAUCAAAGACUUGAAGAUUUAGAUAUGCAGUUUCUCGACUGCAGGCACACCACAAUAGCUUCGUUGGGAGCUUAUGAAGAUGGUGGACCAGAUAAAAAUGAUAAUGAAAUGACUGCACCAGAAGUUGAUUCAACUUUGUUUGCUAAAGGAUCUCGUAUGCAGAGCUAUUUUAAAAGACCGGGUAGUCCAGUUGACAAGAAUGUGAUUUAUCCUAUCAUAAAGGAGUUGAAGAGGGUUAUGCAGGAAGCUGGUCUGGAAUCCUUGACUAGUUUCCCUGUUGUACAUUGUCCUCAGGCAUUUGGUGUUGUUCUGAAAGCUGCAGAGAGGGUUAAUAGUGUUGGGAAAGUAAUACCUGGUUGGAAGAUUGUGUAUUCUGGGGACACUAGACCCUGCCCGGAGUUAGUAGAAGCAUCUCGAGGUGCUACGGUUCUUAUACAUGAGGCAACUUUUGAGGAUGCUUUGUUGGAGGAGGCCAUAUCAAGGAACCACAGCACCACAAAAGAAGCUGUGGAAGUGGGAGACUCAGCUAAUGCAUACCGAAUCGUGCUUACUCACUUCAGCCAAAGAUACCCCAAAAUUCCUGUAUUUGAUGAAACACACAUGCACAAAACUUGUGUUGCAUUUGACAUGAUGAGCAUCAAUAUAGCAGAUUUGCCUGUGCUUCCUAGGGUUCUUCCGUAUUUGAAAUUGCUUUUCAGAGACGAAAUGAUUGUUGAUGAGUCUGAUGAUGUUGUAGAUGUUGUAAGUACAGCUUCUUAAUGAAUGCAUUCUUUGAAGUUAUUGGCGUUGGUUA